AUGGAGUCCUGCAAAAUGGAGUUGAUUUUUGACCACGUGGGACACUUCGGCAGGUUCCAAGUUGCCCUGUAUCUUGCAUGUGCCUACCAGUGCAUCUCUUGUGGUAUCCACUACUUGUCUUCUGCGUUUAUGACGGUUAUCCCUGAGUAUGCCUGCAGGCCCCCAGGCAACGUGCGGAUGGCUAUUUUCCACAACGUAUCUGCUUGGAGGCUGGAGGACAUACUAGCCCUACGGUCCCCAGACCAGAAAGAUCACAUUACAGUGGAGCUGCAGGAUGGGGAGAUCUGGGAGCUCAAAAGAUGUAGCAGGACCUGGCGGGAGAACACGUCUCAUUUGGGCUACGAGUACAGUGGCUACAAGCGCGACAGUCCUUGCUCUGAUGGCUACGUAUAUGACCAAAGCAAAUGGAGGAAUUCUGUGAUAAAAAAUCUGAACCUAGUCUGCGACCAGAAAUGGUAUGCAAACAUGAUCCAGCCCCUGUUUAUAUUUGGCGUGCUGCUGGGAGCCAUUACUUUCGGCUCCCUUUCUGACAGAUACGGAAGGCGAGUGGUCCUGUGGUGUACGAGCCUCUGCGUGUUCUUAUUUGGAAUAGCAUCAGUCUUUAUGUUUGAUUAUUUCAGCUUCAUGGCUGCACGCUUUUUCCUUGCCAUGGCUGCCAGUGGCUAUUUUGUGGUUGUGUUUGUCUAUGUGAUGGAGUUCAUCGGCAAGAAGUCUCGCACAUGGGCAUCCAUGCACCUGCACACCUUCUUUGUGAUCGGAGUGAUGUUGGUGGCCUUGGUGAGCUAUUUGGUCAACACCUGGUGGCUCUAUCAGAUCAUCCUAUGGAUGGUCACCGUCCCUUUCAUCCUGUGCUGCUGGCUGCUUCCGGAGAGCCCUUUUUGGCUCCUCUCAGAAGGAAGGUACAAAGAAGCGCAAAGCAUAGUGGACACCAUGGCUUGGUGGAAUCAGUCCAACUCCUGCGACCUGGCAGAACUUUUAUCAUUGGACGUGAAUAGUGUGCAGGGUAAAAACCGCGAGGACCUCAGGAGGCACAGACUAUCCAAUCUGUUUCAUAACUGGGAUGUUGCACAAAGGACCCUCACCAUUUGGCUCAUCUGGUUCACAGCAAAUUUGGGCUACUACAUCUUUAGCAUGGAGGCUAUCCACAGGCGGGAGCACGAGCACCUGUUUCUCUUCCUGGCGGGUGCGUUGGAAGUUCCUGCCUACUUCCUUAUGUGCAUCUGGUUGCAGGUAGUGGGCAGAAGAAAGACCAUGAUCUUCUUCCUUCUGUUGUGCUCACUCACCUGUGGCGCUUACAUGAUGAUGCCCCAGAAUCACCAGACUUUGAAAACAGUGGUAGCCUUGGUUGUCAAAGUUGCUGUAGCAUCAGUAUUUGCCCUUGCUUAUCUUUAUACAGCUGAGCUGUAUCCAACGGUUGUAAGGUGCUUGGCUGUGGGGAGCAGCAGCAUGGUGUCCCGCGUGGCAACCUUGACCAUCCCACAUACCCACCAGUUCACCAAAGUCUGGACCUUCCUGCCAGAGAUUUCAUUUGGGAUCCUGGCCAUACUGAGCGGACUGCUGUCACUGAAGCUUCCAGAAACCCGGGACCAACCGCUGCUGUCUACGUGGGAGACCAUUGCGCAGCAGGCACCAGAAAACAAGGAUUGGUCAGGUGGCGAAGCCCCUCCAGAAGCUAAGAGGCCUUCGUCAGGCAGAGGCCCUUCCGAAGUUAACACGGAACGGGAAACCGAGUGGGAACUGGAAAGCGUGGGAGUAAUUCCCCUGGGGGACUCUGAUGUUUAUACAUAA